UUCUUUCUUUUUCUCCUCGUCUCGAUACGAACCAAACGUGUUUUUUCGCUCACGAAAAAAUAAUUAAAAAAAGUCGGCAAAAUGACCGAAACUUUACAAUUAAAAGGAACAUUGAUUGGUCACUCAGGAUGGGUUACUCAAAUCGCUACCAAUCCUAAAUAUCCUGACAUGAUUUUGUCAAGUUCUCGAGACAAGACUUUGAUUGUCUGGCGUUUGUUGCGUGAAGCAAACAGCUAUGGGGUUCCACAAAAGCGUCUUUAUGGACACAGUCACUUCAUUAGCGACGUUGUUUUGUCAUCUGAUGGAAACUACGCUUUGUCCGGAUCUUGGGAUAAGACUCUCCGUCUUUGGGAUUUGGCUGCAGGCAAGAGUACUCGCCGUUUCGAGGAUCAUACAAAGGACGUUCUGUCUGUUGCUUUCUCAGCUGACAAUCGUCAGAUUGUGUCUGGAUCACGCGACAAGACAAUUAAAUUGUGGAAUACUUUGGCUGAAUGCAAAUACACCAUUCAAGAAGAUGGACAUAGCGAUUGGGUUUCGUGUGUUCGUUUCUCUCCCAAUCAGGUGAAACCUAUCAUCGUUUCAGCUGGUUGGGAUCGCACCGUCAAGGUCUGGAACUUGACUAACUGCAAAUUGAAGUUGAAUCAUUAUGGUCACAAUGGAUAUUUGAACACUGUCGCAAUUUCUCCUGAUGGUUCACUCUGUACAUCGGGUGGAAAAGACUGCAAGGCUUUAUUGUGGGAUUUGAAUGAUGGCAAACAUUUGCACACAUUGGACCACAAUGAUAUCAUCAAUGCUUUGUGCUUCUCUCCCAACCGUUAUUGGUUGUGUGUCGCUUACGGAUCAUCGAUCAAGAUCUGGGAUUUGGCAAAUAAGAAAAUGGUUGAAGAAUUGCGUCCAGGUGUGUCAUCAAACGAUUCAUCAAAGGCUGAUCCACCACAAUGCUUGUCUUUGGCUUGGUCAACUGACGGACAAACUCUCUUCGCUGGUUACAGUGACAACAAGAUUCGUGUCUGGCAAGUUUCAGUUUCUGCUUCAGCUCGUUAAAAUAUUUGCUGACAAUUUAUGCAUUGACAUUGCAUAUCAAGAAAGAAAUUGAAUAAAACAAUUCCCCUUCAUUCCAUUUUGUUGGGUGAAAAAAUGAAA